AUCUCUUCAAGAGGAACAGACUAAUCAAGCUUCUGUUAAAAUGAGUGGUCUACCCAGUAAAGCCACAACUACACCACUAGUAGCAGAAAUAUUUGAAAAAAUAUUUGCCACACAGUUGGAGAAACAUGAUUAUGAAGAAGUGUUAGAAGAACAUGAUAAUACUUAUGAAAAGGUACCUGCGAAAUUGGAUGAAAAAAUAUAUGUUAUUGCAAAACAAGAUUCUUCAACUGAUUAUAUAAUUGGUCUACUUGAAUAUGUAUACAGAGAAGACAAUAAAUUAAUGGCACACAUAUCAUUACUUACGCAUGGUAUUCAUACUGUACUUAGCAGUACAUCAGAAGUUAAAGAACUAUUUCUUCUUAACAAGUGUAUUAAUAUUUAUUGUUAUGAUAUAAUUAAGAUAAUAAAUGUUAAGUAUAUAAAUCCAUGUGAAAAUAAGAUGCAAAGAAAUUAUCUUAAUUGUGAAAAAAGUGGUACUUGUUUUUACACGUUUAAACUGAAUGAAGAAUUUUCUAGAUUUGAAACUUUAGAUAAUUCUGAUAUUGCAUUUGAUAAAAAAAAAAUAAAACAAAAAUGUUCUAAUUGCAUAAAGGAACAUUUAAAAAUUAAAUCAAAAACUCCACAAGUCCUGGAUUUCAUUGAAGAAUACAAUGGCAUAUAUUAUUUUAAAAAUUUCAAUUUAUGCAAUGAAGAAUAUAAAAUAGGAAGUUUUGUUUAUUUACAACCUGGGUUUCAUUUAAAGGCAACAGAUGAAGAUAAAAAUAAUAUUGAACUGGAUGAAGAAUAUGAUGAUGAUGAUGAUGAUGAUGAUGAUGAUGAUGAUGAAGAUUUUGAAAAUGAUGAAGAUAUUGAUGAAACAAUAUAUCCUGAGUACUACCGAACGAAAAAUUCUAAACAUAGUUACAAUGAACUUACAGUGGACCCGUAUGAUAUUGGAGAAAUAACCGGGAUUUAUGUAAAAAAUAAUGACAGAACAAAUGUCAACAUCACUGUACGCCUAAUGUAUAGACCAGAAAAAAUAGCAUUUCGAAAUGAUCACAAAAAUGAUGAUAUGAACAUGGUGUUUUGGUCAGAGGAUACAUUUGAUGUUAAUUGUCUUAUUAUAGUUGGAAAAUGUUAUGUAGCCAACAUUAUGAAUAUAAGGGAUCCUGUUACUUGGUCUGCUCAAGGACCAGAUAGGUUUUAUUUUAAAUAUGGAUAUAACAGUUAUACAAAAAAGAUCAUUUCAGAAUAUUCACUUUCUUGUGAUGCAAAAUUAACCGGGAAUGAAGUAGCUGUUGAAUAUAACUAUGAUUAUGUCAAUGAAAACAAAAAACAAUUUAUUCCAUUGUAUAAGAAAAUUAGUCCACUUAAAGGUAUGGACCUCUUUGCGGGUUGUGGAGGAUUCAGCAAAGGAUUAGAAAACAGUGGAUCAGUCAUGACAAAAUGGGCAGUGGAAAUAGAACAUAAUGCUGCAAAAGCAUUCAAAUUAAAUAAUACUGAUGCAAUAGUCUUUAAUGAUGAUUGUAACAAAUUAUUGAAAUUAGUUUUAUCUGGAAAAAGAACAAAUGAUAAAAAUCAAAAAAUACCAGAAAGAGGUGAAGUAGAUAUCAUAUUUGGAGGCCCCCCUUGUCAGGGAUUCAGUGGAAUGAAUAGAUUUAGUUAUACAGAAAAAUCAAUGCGUUUGAACGCAUUAAGUGCAACAUUUUUGUCUUAUAUAAAUUUUUAUAAACCAAAAUUUUUAUUAAUGGAAAAUGUCAAAAAUUAUGUAACAUAUGAUGGAGGCAACUUUCUUUCUUCCACUAUCAAAUGUCUUUUACAGAUGGGAUAUCAAAUCUCCUUUGGCAUCCUUCAAGGAGCUAAUUUCGGUAUCCCUCAAAAUAGGAGAAGAUUGAUAAUAAUGGGAGCAGCCCCUGGUGAAACUUUACCAUUUUAUCCAAAACCCAAGCAUGUAUUUCAUAAAAAAUACUCCGGUUUAGAUAUAAAAUUUGGGGAUAAAAUGUAUAAAACCAAUUGUGAGUAUGAAGAAUCUGCUCCUAUGAGAGCUGUUACAAUUUAUGAUGCAAUCAGUGAUUUGCCGAUAAUAUCCAAUGGAGCAAAUAAUGACAUUUUGGAAUAUCAAAACCAACCAAUAACAUCCUAUCAAAAAUCAAUGAGAUAUCCGAAUAAACAAUAUUCAAAUUCAAUACUUACUGAACAUAUUUGCAAAUUAAUAUCUCCCUUAAUGGAAGGGAGACUUAGUUUAUUGUUUUUUGGUCUAGACUGGCGAUACUUGCCCAAUAUACAAGUCGAGCUGUCAGAUGGCACAAUAACCCAAAUCCUUAAAUACAAUCAUUAUGACCAAAAGAAUGGGAAUAGCCCAGAUGGGGCCUUCCGUGGAGUCUGUAAUUGUGUGACAACUUGCUUGAAAGAAUGUAAAUCAACAAAAAAGCAGAAUAACACACUAAUACCCUACUCUGUCAGCCACACAGCCAAUAAUAACAACAAUUGGGCGGGUGUGGUCGGAAAAUUAAAUUUCGACGGAAUCUUCCCAACUAUUACCCAAAAUACAGAUCCUCUAGGAAAACAAGGUACUGUUUUCCACCCUGAACAAUCACGUAUUACGAGUGUCAGAGAAUGUGGUAGAGCACAAGGAUUUGAUGAUGAAUUCACAUUUUAUGGCCCUAUUAAUGCCAAGCAUUCUCAGAUCGGAAAUGCUGUGAGUCCUCUUAUGGCUAAGGCUAUAGGUGAAGAAAUUGUGAAAGCUGUAAUCAAUAAAUCUGAAAAAUAA